AUGCUCCUCUUCACUGCGGCGAUGCGGGCUGCGCAGUUUGGGGGCAAAUGGCAGCUGGCAGUCGCCCUCCUAGAGGAGAUGCGCGCCACCUCACAGUGGCCGGACACCGCCGCUUUCAACCCCUCUCUUGGCGCCUGCGUGGCGGCAGGACAGUGGUCCCGGGCAGUGGAGUUGGCUGCGCAGAUGCCUGCAUUCUCGCUGCAGCCGGACAGUGUGACCAAGAGGUUGCUGCUGCGGGCGUGGAUGAACAUGCACGGCUGGCAAGAGAGCCUGCAGCUCAUGUCGACGUUUGGCCAGUCGUGA